AUGUAAGCAAAAAGAGAAUAUCUUUGUCCUAUUUCUGAAGGGAAUGCAAAUGAAACUGCAAUUUUCAGACAUCCAUUAGCAAAAGUAAAUAAAAGUUUUUUUAUAUAGGAUGGAUUUUUACCACCUUUGGAUAAUAGAAAGGUGAACAUGUAAAAGUAACUGUUGAUAUAGUUUGAAAAGUUUCCUGAUAAGAAGACUUUAGGAACUUACAAUGAAGAGAUGCAACGAUACGAUCAUAUAUCAUAUAAGGUAGAAAAUUUAUAUAGAUUUACAUUUUAGGAAGUUUUAGAGAUUGCAACUGCUUUAGGUUCAUCGCUGUGUGAAUAGGAAUCAAUAAAAGAAGUAUAAGAUUAAUAAAAGAAUGUUAUUCGUCCAGUUGGAAUUUAUCUAUCAAAUAGAAGAGAAUGGACAUUAAUAGAUAUUGCAUGUAUUUUAUAUGGUUUUACAUCUUGUCCAUUUUAUGAUACACUUGGUGUUGAGAGUAUAACCUAUUCAAUGAAUGUAACUUAAGUGAGGUAAAAAUAAUAAAUUAAAUUAAAGUGUGUGUUUUGUAUAGGCUAGUACAAUAGGAUUUUUAGCUAAAUCUAAUCAACCCUAUUUAAAAACUGUAGUAACAAUAGGACCAAUAGAUCCAAAUAUUAUAAAUACAUUAGUAGAAUAAAAGAAAGAAGUUAUAAGUUGGGAUGACUUUAUAAAAAGAGCAAAUGGAAUUUCAAAACCUUAUCCAGAAUUGGAAGCAUAACAUCCGUUAACUUUAGUUUUUACUAGUGGAACAACAGGAGAACCAAAGGCAGCUAUUUAGAGUCAUCUUAAUUUCACUUCUACAAUUGCACUUUUUGAACAUUAAGAUCAUUUUGCUUUUACUUAAGAUGAUGUUUAUUUAUCUUAUUUACCAUUACCACAUACUUUUGAGAGAAUUGUUCAUUUAGCUGCAUUAUCAGGAGGAUCAGAAAUAAAUUAUUAUAGUGGAAAUAUAUAAAAUAUAGCUAGAGAUAUUCAAAGAUGUAAACCUACUUAUUUUUGUGGGGUACCUAGAAUAUUUAAUAGAUUUUAUGAAGGAAUUUAAACUUAAAUAAAUUCUUUACCACCUGAAAUCUAAUAGAAAUUUGAAUAUGCUCUUGCUACUAAAAUUAAUUAUUAUAGAGCUACAGGAAAAACAACACAUGAUUAAUUAGAUGAAGCAUUUAUUAAGACAAAAGCUAUUCUAGGUGGUAGAUAAAGAAUUAUAAUUACUGGAGCUGCUCCUAUCUCUCCUAAAAUUUUAGAAUAUUUAAAAGUUACAUUCUGUUGUUAAAUUAUUGAAGGUUAUGGUUAAACAGAAACUUCUGCUGCUUCAUUCCUAACAGAUUAUAAUGAU